GCCCCCUCAUCAUAAUUUUAGACAUAUGAGCCAGACCGCGAAGUAUACCAUUAUUGAGGAAGCUUUUUUCUGAGCGUAGCACCUAAAACGCCCGCUGUCGCGCGCUUCGUCACCGCCGUGACACAACGGUGAACCGAGCAGGGAGCGCCGCUUGGGACUUUUGGGGGACUGCAAAGGUUUUGAGGGGACAGGGCGGCUGUAAUAGUUAGGCAGAGCAGAAGCAACGUAGAUAAAAAGGAAGAGGUCCUCGCUUAUGCUAUCUGCGCUUUCGGUAGCUUGCGCCCGCGGCCGCAGCGUGAUAUCGCUUGCGCAUCUCUAGCUGGGCCGACGGGAACAUCGGGAGGCUGGCGGGGUGCGAGGGUCGGCGGACCCGCGGGGGCUCGAGAGUUGUCGGGCGGUCUAAUGCUGCCUGUCCUCUCGCCUUUUCGUGAGCAGGUAAGUCUGCAUUGGAACCAGCGGCGCGUAAUAUGCGUUCGUGGAGAGCAGCGGGAAGGGGGGCGUUCUGCGACGGAAGCGAUAGGGAUAGAGUAGAUAUUAUAAAGUAGCGCGCUCCCAUUAAACCCACUACAACCACCGGAUCUUCAGGAGGAUCCCUUGAGCCCUUACAUCAACGUCCUUAGCGAACGAUGGCAAGGGCGCUCGCGGGGCGCUCGCGAGCGCGUCAUGCGUGAGGCGGUAGGGUCGCGCGCGAACAUAUCGCCUUGUCGUGAGCAGGUAAGUCGCUCCUGGUCAUUGUUGUUGCUGUUGCUCUGAAGUUCAUAACCGAGCAGUAUCAGAUGACAGCUCGGGCAACAAGCUCAAAAUUACUCGUGCACAUGAUCAACAAGCUCAAAGUCCUCAGCUUCAUCAGCCUCCGAUAAAUCUUCUCCAACUCCAAAAAAAAAAGACUCUCAAUAUCUUGUAACAAACAGUUUCACUUUCACACUACGACUAUGAAUAUCCAAUAAACAGUUUCACGACCAGAAUUGCUACGAUUAAUAUUUAUCAGCAGGAGGAGCUCCCUCCUCCUCACCUCCAUACUUUCCCGUGCUUUCUUCACUUGAAAACUAAAAAGCCGACCUCUAUUUUCCACUGAUUAUCAGCAGAAGACUCAGAUUGAUUUAUUGAAAGUACUUAGAACAACAGUGUCACCAGGAGAUAAUUGAACCAUUAGCGUCGAAGGCCAGG